AUGGCUGCGGCGCGGCUUCCUGACCGACUUGUUCCUCAGCGAACAGCGGUGAGUCAGGAGCAGGAGCGGGGCGCCGGGAGCUCCGCUCUCGAUGCGACCGCGUCUUCCUCAAAGAGAAAGGCCGGAGGCCUGCGAAUCGCCCAGACGGCUCGGGAGGCGGCUGCGCGAGCCGGGGCUGGAGUACCCGUGGAGCUGGCGGGAAACGCGCGGCUGCGGCCGCCCCCUUUCGGUCCGGCGGAGACAGAGCCCCGCGAGGUGGCGUCGCCGCCGGGCCGGUUUCCGUGGUCCUCGGGCCACCCGGGAGGGAGGGAUGACGGGGAGACUGCGACCCGAAGCCUGAGAAGCUCCUCUGCCUGCUGCGCCUACCCCGGGCGUCUGCGAAGUCAAACUGACUCCUGCGGCUUUUACAGUGCAGGUGUUGCCUCCUCUACAAGCCGAGUGGCUCGUUCUCUGAGCAGCACUUCUGUGAGGAGCUCCGUGGGUAUCGGGCAAGUAACCGUGACGGCGGACAGAGUGAAGAGCGCGCUGAAUCCCACUUCAGCGGGAGGCAGGGAGGAGCGCGGCUCGCGCGAGGCUUUCCUCGGGCUCCGGGGCUCGGGAGGGCGCCGGCCCCGCGGCCCGUGCGCAGGCGGCGGGCACCACGACGCCUGGGCGAGCUGCCCCGAGGCCUCCCGGCCCUGGAGUGGGCGCGCGGCCUCCCGGGUGCGGGGAAGCACGUGGGCCGGCGGUCCCGGCCGAGGCGGCCUGCGCCGGGGUCGGCGUGCGCCCGCUGCCGCGUGUCCGUGCCCUUCUGCGCGCACACAACUGCCUCUUCGUUCGCGCUCAGUCAUCACGUAGCCUUCCGGGAGACGUUUUUAAAAGGCCGCGCAACUCCGGCUCGUACCGACGACGACCACGUCGCACGGCUCGGGCCGCGUCUGCGCGUGCGCGCCGAGGGACCGGGCUUCCCGGGGUCUCCGGCUGCAGCCGGAUCCCAGAAAGCCCGA